CGCGCGCGCGCGCACACGCUCACAGCGCGAGAAGAAAGAUGGUGAUCAUGGCUCCUGCACACUACCCCUCUGAUCCUGCCGCCACCGCGAGCCUCUUUCUGUGGCUGUUAAUAACCGCCCAUCUGCCUUCCAGUUCCAUCCAGACAGAAAAUGAUGACGACGACGUGACAAACAAAACCUGGGUGUUGACCUCGAAGGUCUACGAGAGUGAUGUCACACAUAUUCUGAACAGUCUACUAGACGGCUAUGACAACAAGCUGCGACCAGACAUAGGAGUCCAGCCAACUGUGAUCACGACAGACAUGUUUGUCAACAGUAUUGGGCCAGUAAAUGCCAUCAACAUGGAGUACACCAUCGACAUCUUCUUCGCUCAGACCUGGUACGACAGCCGCUUGAGAUUCAACAGCACUAUGAAGGUUCUGCGCCUGAACAGCAACAUGGUGGGAAAGAUCUGGAUCCCCGACACCUUCUUCCGCAACUCCAAGAAGGCCGACGCCCACUGGAUCACGACGCCCAAUCGCAUGCUCCGGAUUUGGAACGAUGGGCGGAUCCUGUACACUUUAAGGUUGACCAUCGAUGCUGAGUGCCAGCUUAAACUGUAUAACUUUCCCAUGGAUGAGCAUUCCUGUCCCCUGGAGUUUUCAAGCUACGGCUACCCCAAGGAGGAGAUCGUUUACAGGUGGAAGCGCAGCUCCGUGGAGGUUGGUGACAUUCGCUCAUGGAGGCUCUACCAGUUCUCCUUCGUGGGUCUAAGGAACAGCACAGAGAUCGUUAGGACCGUGUCAGGUGACUAUGUGGUGCUGACGGUCUUUUUCGAGCUGAGCAGGAGAAUGGGUUACUUCACCAUCCAGACCUACAUCCCCUGCACCCUCAUCGUCGUGCUGUCCUGGGUCUCCUUCUGGAUCAACAAGGACGCCGUCCCAGCCCGCACUUCCUUAGGAAUCACCACUGUGCUGACCAUGACCACGCUGAGUACCAUCGCUAGGAAGUCCCUGCCUAAAGUCUCCUACGUGACGGCCAUGGACCUCUUUGUGUCCGUCUGCUUCAUUUUCGUCUUCGCCGCUCUGAUCGAGUACGGAACGCUGCACUACUUCGUGAGCAACCGCAAGCCCAGCAAAAACAAAGACAAGAAGAAGAAAAAUCCCCUCCUCCGGCUCUUUUCCUCAAAGCAGGCCCCCACGGUGGACAUCCGCCCUCGUUCGGCCACGGCCAUCCAGAUGAACAACGCCACACACAUGCAGGAGCGUGACGAGGAGUACGGAUACGAGUGUUUGGACGGAAAGGACUGCACCAGCUUCUUCUGCUGCUUCGAGGACUGCCGUUCCGGGGCGUGGCGUCACGGGCGCCUGCAUAUCCGCAUCGCAAAGAUAGACUCGUACGCCCGCAUCUUCUUCCCCACAGCGUUCGGCCUGUUCAACCUCGUCUACUGGGUGUCCUAUCUCUAUCUCUAAGAUAAACCCCGCCCCCGUUCCGCCUGCACCGUGUCU